AUGGAGGAGAUCCGACACCUGCGCUGCGGCGUGGUUACUCUGCUGUGCCAUGACUACGGAAUGAUCGACGACGCCGUCUACUUCACCACUGGAGAGGUGCUAGGAAGGGUGCCGCUCAGGGUCGGGGAUGCCGUCAAUGGCCUGGCAGUACGAGAUCAUGCCCAAGGAGGGUUGAGAGCACUGAGGGUGAGACACUUUGACCAAGGCCUCACUUUUACCAGUAUGUUUUGUUAUGUAUGAAGAUGAGUCCUUGUCUGUGUCUGAUUACUUUCCAUACCCUGUAUCCUGUCCUUCCUUACCAUAAACAGAUGAAAUGACUAGGCUAUAGGUUUCAACAAAAUUCCUCACAACAGGCAUGGGACACUUCAAAUCACCAGUUGUCAAUGACUAGAGACUAGGAGGACAGGAGGCUGUUGAAGUGUAUUCCGACACAUCCGUUAUUUGUCAUUUUGCCUCCUGUUUAGUCUGCGUUCUUGUCCCUCAGGUGGAGAAGAAUGCGGAGAGGAAUGCUACAUCCAUUUUUGGAUGUAGCAUUUGUAAAUGUGAACAAACACUGUAUAGCUCAACAUGGUUCAAACAAAUAUUUAUAUCAUGGAUGGUCAGUCCUUACAUCCAGCGAUUUGUCUAUACCCUCAGCUUUCUACCAAAACAGUGGCGGGGUUGCCACUUUGUUAUUGUUUGAACUUUUGUAACACAGUCAUACAUAGCACAUUAAUAAUUGAUGCUGUAUAUCGUAUUGUGUACAUAUCAGUUGUGUUACUAUACAUUACCUCCCCUAAUUACUUGUUAUUUUUGAUAGAUUUUUGACUACUAUUGAUAUUGUACUGCAAUGUUGAGGGAGCUAACACGAAAGCAUUUCACCGCACCUUUUAUACCUACUGUAAACUGUAUACAUAAUUUUUUUCUUACAAAAAUGUAACUGCAGUUUGCCACUUUAAAGGCUGAUAAUGAAUUAUGACUCGGCCACUAACCUCCACCUUUACUCUAGCCUUUUUCCUCUGACAGUAUGAAUGCUGCCAGGACUAGGUCAAUCCCAGAGGCGGAAAUCAAUAGUCUCCUGGAGGACAAGGGGACCUGGUGGUCAGCGACAAGAGACACUUCGGGACUGGGAGAGAGCCGGGAGCUGGUGGUCUUGUCGCUGACCACCAGGUCCCCCUUGUCCUCCAGGAGACUAUUGAUUUCCGCCUCUGGGAUUGACCUAGUACUGGCAGCAUUCAUACAGUGUCUACCUGUCUUAAAUGACAUAGAACCACCCUGUAAAUCUGUAAAUACCCUGAUGUGUUGAUUUUAAUAACAUUUAAGCACCUUUUGUAGCACCAUUGUCCUACCAAGAGUUGCUGAAUAUCAUUUUAUUGUGAGUUUUAUCCACCAAAUCAUGGCACAUAUACAUUUUCUAUUGACAGGAACCAAGACUCAGAGACCCAUAGACUGAACAGAGGAGCAGUUCACCCUAGGUACUGUGACAGACCCACCGGUACAAAGAAAUGGAGUCCUACAGCACCCUGCUCUAACACAGAUCCUAUAUGGGAGUAUUCAGGGCCUAUCCGGAAAGCGCACCCCCAUAGUGGGCCCUGUCUAGCCCCGGUCCAGGCUUCCCGGGCCUCUAGGUCUACUGGGCCUACUGCACUGCUCAAUAGUGUUGGGAAGGAGAUGAGCGAGAUCGAUGGAGAUGUGGUUGUAGAGAAUGGCGAGGCUCAUCAGGACACUGUUCACAAGCCUGCCGUACAAACAGAGGAGAGAGAUGUGGAGAUCGUACCAGGGGAGAAGUUAUCUGUGAAAGUGGGCUGCCGAGCCAAUUAAGUCAUGCUUAGCUAGCCACUACAACAUAAAUCUGCUACAGUCAUCAAUUUCUGGUGGCAUCACAUGUAUAAUGCUCUCUUACAUUUUUGUCAUUUAGCAGACGCUCUUAUCCAGAGCGACUUACAGUUAGUGAGUGCAUACAUUUUCAUACUGGCCCCCCGUGGGAAUCGAACCCACAACCCUGGCAUUGCAAAUGCCAUGCUCUACCAACUGAGCUAUUAUCUGACUGAAUCAAUUUCUUAUGGACAUUCAGGUUUUUGAAACAAUGAUUUGUGUCCCUCCAUCCUACUCUAGGAACUUGAGGCGUUGUGCAGAGCUGCUGCUGCACUUCCCCUCUUUCACCAUCGGGAGGCGCCUUUCGGUCACAGUAGGCAGUAAAGAGGAGAGUGUUCUCCAGCCAUUGGCUCCCUACUGCCCGGCAGCCCCACUGCCCCCUCCUCAGGCUGCCCAGGUGGUCACUGUGAUGGCUUCACAUCCACCUCACUGUCUCUGUUCUGUACUUUGUAAUGAAGUACAGUAUGUUCGGCCUACUAACCACAUUUCCCUAUGGAAUAAAGAUAAUCUUGAUUACACUGUCCACCAACGUUCUGUAUAAUCAGAAAUGCUUCCCCCCCCCCUAUCCUAGUUACUGUACCCUUGUUGGACAUGUUGAAUGAUGACAGUUUGGUCCACAUUGUUGAAUUACACCUCUCUCCUGUGUAGCUAGAUAAAGUCACUAGCCUAUGACUUCUUAUUUUGUAUUUCACAGGCCACCUACCUAACUUCCUGGGUAACUACCCCGUGCCCCAAGCUCUAUGGGACUGUAUGAUGUUCUGGUGGCCGAGCCAUGUCUAGGAGAGGUAAGGGAGAAUCAAGUUGGCUCAAGUCUUCUAUCAUCAAUGGAAGGCUUUAUUGCCACCUGCCUACAGGAAUUUGGCUCUGAUUGGUUUCAAUUAAACAAUCUUAUUGGGAGGCUCUUGAUUUUGAUAUGGAGGCCUUUGCACUUCUACUGGAAAAUAAUCUAGGGGAACACCAGAUCAGCUUCUCUCUCUCUCCCCCCCCCCCCCUCCCCCUCAGUCUCUCUCUGCCAGACUCUGUCGGCGGCUAACGUGCGUUUCCGUUUCUCGUUCCUGCUGUGGCUGGAGGAGCUGCAGGCUGAGAGGGAGCUGAGGGAGUUCAGGAUCACUGGAGCCCUCCUCAGGAGAGGAGUUGUCUACCUUAACCUGGAGGUGCUGGGCCUAGCUGAGGGCAGGCCUCUUCAUUGGUAUGUGUUUAGUCCUAUAAUUAUGGCUAUAGCUGCUACAUGUCCCUAUUGUAGCACAAUACAUGUACUUGAAUUGAUACAUUUUAUACAGUGUUUGGUCUGCUCAAUGAAGAAGCCAAUCAGUGGAGGUGUGGUGAUGGAGUACAUCGGGUAUUCUGAGGUUUUGAUCUUCUUAGUAUUUUGCUCGCAGCUCUGAUGUUUCUUCUCCUGCUUUGUUCACAUUGACCUGAACACUGUUUGUGGCCCAUAUCCACAGAUCAAUGAUGAGGAAGUGAGUCUGAGGGUGAACACUGAGUUUCAGCAUGGCUACCUGGGAGAGCCUCUAGACGUGGAGUUCACCUUCAACAGGUACCUUCCUGGUUCUGGGUAGGGGUGUGAACGUUUAAACGACAUUGGGAUCAUUAACGUUUAGAAAAAAUCCCUAACCAAAAAAACUUUUUUAUUUUUGUUGUUGUAACGUUAGUAGGAGGAGAUAUGCAUCUUUCAAAUUAUUUGCCACGGACAUAAAGCGAUCCGCACGUCAUCGUCAUUAACAGUUGGAAACAUGGAAGAGUGAGACAGGAAAGAGACAGCAUCAAAGUCCUGUAUGACAAUACUUUGAGAAGUUAAAUGAGAAGGUGAUGAAAUGCAAACUUUGCGAGGUUGAAUUGAGCUACAGUGGCAGUACAGGUGCAAUGCUGAAAGGGAGGCACCAUGCGACCCAACCCGUUGAUGGAAGCAGUGCGAUAAGGGAUGGAGUGAGAAAAUCAGUGCUGAUUACAAAAAUGAUUGUAGUUGAUAUACAGCCAUUGUCAAUACCAUAAAGGCAUAUCUAGAACCAGACUACAAGAUGCCAUGUCGAAAAACCGUGACAGCCCUGAUGGAGAAAUUGUACAAUGGUUGCUCAGCAAGUACAAAGCAAGAGCUCUCAAACACCAUAUGUGGCAUUAACAACAGAUUGUUGGAUGUCUCUGAACACGCUGUCAUACAUCACUGCAACGAGCCAUCACAUUGAUGAGAAGUGGGACUGAAGUCCCAUGUACUGACAACUGAGAACAUGGAGGAGAGGCACACAACAGAGAACCUAAAACGGUAUUAAAACCAUCGUUGCUUAGUAGGUGGGGAACAGCAGUAAGGUGAGCGCCGUCUGGUAGGGUUUCCCCUAGUUACCACAGCCACAAAGUCAAAAUAGGCUAUAUCGUAAAAAUUAAUGAAAACAAAAUGUAUAUUUUUGGUCUUAAUUUAAGGUUAGGGUUAGGCAUAAGGAGGUCAGCAGUGUGGUUAAGUUUAGGGAUAGGUUUAAAAUCAAAUUUUAAGAAGAGAAAUCGUAGAAAAAGGCAGCCUUUAUAACUUUGUGGCUGUGGGAACUAGUGACGACCGGUAGGUAUAGCCAAAACGGAGGUAGACUGAACUGCAUUGCCCCCUAGCAGAACCAUAUCUGAAUUGUGAAUUCACGUCAUUUAAUGCUUUUGUUUAAACAAUAAAAAAAAGUGCAGUUUAAAUGCUAAGAAAUGUUUUCAUUUGUCACAACCCUAGUUCUCGGGAAGGAUCCUUACUGUGUCAGUACAUAAGUGUUGAUCUCUGUUCCUCUAGCAUAGAGAAAGUGAAGGUUUGACAGUAUAUGGAUUAUGAAUAUUAAUAUUUGUGUUGACCAUGAGGCGAUGUCACUUAGAGCUCGACCAGACCAAGCACUUAGGAGAGAGUGGUGAGUUUGGGUUGCAUUUUCUUCUCAAUCCCAUUUCCAAUGUAUUUAUUAUUUCAUCUCACUAUUUCUUCUUCUCAACCCAGAUAACUUUAUUUCCUGUCUGGCAGAGGAGGCUGGUGGGAGGAGCUAUAGGAGGACAGGAUCAUUCAAAUGGCUGGAAUGGAAUUUAUGGAAUGGAGUCAAACAUGUGGUUUCCCUAUGUUUGAUGUGUAUGGUAUCGUUCUAUUUAUUCCAUUCCAGCCAUUACAAUAAGCCCGUCCUCCUAUAACUCUUCCCACCAGCCUCCUCUGCUGUCUGGUCUGGUCCAUCCCUUAUUGUGCGUUCUCUCCUCUUCCCAGUGUUCUUCCCCACAGCCGUGAUGCUUCAGGCCACUCUAUGGACGGGUGAGUGGGGGCCAGAGAAGUCAGACGAGGAGAUAAAAGAGGGGACCCUAUCAAGCAUUUCUGUUGACAUGGUCUCAAAGGCCACACAAACCAAACCAGGUGAUUGAAGCAUUGGGACUCCUUCAUUCUGACAGCCAGUGGCGACCCGUCAUUCAGGGCAGGUGGGGCAGAGCCCCUUGGGUGCUGCCAUAGAGUUACAUUAGAAGUGCCCAUCCAAGAAGACUGAAGGUCAUUGGCCACAGAUAAGAUUAUGUCAAAUCACGUUAUAUCUACAGUAGCUUUGAUUGGACUGAUCAUGUCAACAUCAUACUUUCAAAAUCUUAGCUAGCAGUCAUCAUCAUGAAUCAAGUCGACAAUCUACUGGCAAAUCCUUUUUAAUCUUUGUCUAAUGAAGAGCAAUUAUAGAUAAAACGUAUCGGUGCUCAUCGGCAAUCGGACAUCAACAUUACACAACAAGUUGGAAAUCGCAAAUUGAACAAUGAGUGGUUUGGAAGGAAUCAGUGGCUAACUGCAAGCAUUGCAAAGCAAUCACUAGCCUGCUAUUCAGUGGAGUGGCUGUGUGGUCCCAAAUCUGGGAUUAAGGGUCUCUUUUCCAAGUUUAAAACGAUAAACAUUCAACAUUGGCCAUGCUGACAAUGAAGCAUGAUUUGUGCCGCGCUCAAAACAACUGUUAACUCGGAACUGCAAAAACUUGACUUCAGUGAGUUCAAGACAACUGGGAACUCGGGGAAAAAACGAGCUCCGACUGGGAAAAUACGUUUUGAAUGGUCAUCCAACUCAGAAUUGUAAAUCUGGAAUUCGGGGCUCUUUCUAGAGCUACAACCUGAAGAUCACUGACGUCAUCAUGAUUCAACCUUGUUUUUUUCAGAGUUCCCAGUUGUCUUGAAAGCACCAUAAAUCCAGAGAAUGCCAGACUUUGAUGACAAAAUAUGCCCAUGAAGGACCACUGUGCCACCUUCCUGUUCAAGUGAGCACAGCACCACAAGGUGAGUCCAAAAAUGUAUUGUAUGCUGCUGUAUAAAUGAUGUAAUAUGCCAGGGAGAUAUGUAUACUGUAGCUAAGAAAGUAAUACUAAGUGUAUGCUCUUAUCCUUCUAGACCUAUUUGCUGCCUUUGAUACUGUGAACCAUCAGAUCCUCCUCUCCACCCUCUCCGAGUUGGGCAUCUCCGGCACUGCUCACUCUUGGAUUGCGUCCUACCUGACAGGUCGCUCCUACCAGGUGGCGUGGCGAGAAUCUGUCUCAGCACCACGUGCUCUCACCACUGGUGUCCCCCAGGGCUCAGUUCUAGGCCCUCUCCUAUUCUCUCUAUACACCAAGUCACUUGGCUCUGUCAUAUCCUCACACGGUCUCUCCUAUCAUUGCUACGCAGAUGACACACAAUUAAUUUUCUCCUUUUCCUUCUGAUAACCAGGUGGCGAAUCGCAUCUCUGCAUGUCUGGCAGACAUAUCAGUGUGGAUGUCGGAUCACCACCUCAAGCUGAACCUCGGCAAGACGGAGCUGCUCUUCCUCCCGAAGAAGGACUGCCCGCUCCAUGAUCUCGCCAUCACGGUUGACAACUCCAUUUUGUCCUCCUCCCAGAGUGCAAAGAACCUUGGCGUGACCCUGGACAAUACCCUGUCGUUCUCCACUAACAUCAAAGCGGUGACCCGUUCCUGCAGGUUCAUGCUCUACAACAUUCGCAGAGUACGACCCUACCUUACACAGAAAGCGGCACAGGUCCUAAUCCAGGCACUUGUCAUCUCCCGUCUGGAUUACUGCAACUCGCUGUUGGCUGGGCUCCCUGCCUGUGCCAUUAAACCCCUUCAACUUAUCCAGAACACUGCAGCCCGUCUGGUGUUCAACCUUCCCAGGUUCUCUCAUGUCACCCCGCUCCUCCACACACUCCACUGGCUUCCAGUUGAGGCUUGCGUCUACUACAAGACCAUGGUAGUUGCCUACGGAGCUGUGAGGGGAACAGCACCUCCUUACCUUCAGGCUCUGAUCAGACCCUACACCCAAACGAGGGCACAACGUUCAUCCACCUAUGGCCUGCUAGCUCCCCUACCUCUACGGAAGCACAGUUCCCGCUCAGCCCAGUCAAAGCUAUUCGCUGCUCUGGCACCCCAAUGGUGGAACAAGCUCCCCCACGACGCCAGGACAGAGGAGUCACUGACCACCUUCCGGAGACACUUCCGGAGACCCCCAAAAAUAAAUAAAUAAAUAAAGUAAGUGGUUGUCCCACUGGCUAUCAUAAGUUGAAUGCACCAAUUAGUAAGUCGCUCUGGAUAAGAGUGUCUGCUAAAUGAUGUAAAUGUAAAUGUAGUAAGCUGUUAGUAGCCUAUGUGCCUCACCCUAAUAAUUUGGUCUAUUUUCCCCUCUUAAUUUCGCCCACUGUGUUCUGACUUGGUGGUGCACGUGUAGCCUAUAACCUGUUUUAGAGAAAUGUAAUCAUUGAAUAUUGUAAGAGCUUUCAUUGUCUGCUUAUAUGCCCCCUUUAUUUAUCCUACGGUUCUGACUUGGUGUACAGAGAGAACACUGUAAGAAUGGCCCAUGUUCUGAAUUCUGUCGCUGUACAUUUCAAAACUGCUAAACAAAUAGUUAUAUUGACUACGUCCGUCCUAGCUCGCUCAUUAAUGUCUUAAUCGAAAUUACUGAUUGCCUCUUAUACGCUUGUCGUCCCCUUAUGCCAUAGUUUGUACAUCUCAAUUGUCAGUAGAAACCACAUUUGUUUAAGCAAGUCAGCCAUAUCAGCUAUGUUUUUUUUAAGGCAGUAAAUGAGGCUGAAUGAACUGUUUCACUGCCAUACAAGGCUCCGCUGAUAGCCAGGUGUAGCAGUGGUAAAGUGUUGGGACUGCUGUUGGGACUCUGCUGUUGGGACAGCUUUAUGUAGGCCCUAACAGUUUGUGGGCACUGUUUGUCACUGUUAUAGUGCAAUUAUUGUAUUGUUUAGUGUUGUGUAGUGGCUUUGCUGGCAUGCAUCCCACAUUUUCUUUGCCCCACCAAGAUUUACAUGCUAAAAUUGCCACUGCUGACAGCACAGAUUCUCUAUACACUACAGCUACUGAAGUGCCAUGAACAUAAAUAGCAUCAACUAGGACAGUUCAGUACCUUUGUGAGACUGAUCAAUGAGGGGAAUGAGAAUUGAGCCUCUUUCAUCCUCUCAGAUUCCAGGCUGCCAUCUAAGCCCAUCCCAAUUCCAGGGCAGGUCUUCAACCAGCAGCUGAACCUGUCUCAGAGGGAGGCAGUGAAGCAUAUCCUGGCAAGGGUGUGCCAGCCCACCCAGUACAUCCUGUUUGGACCCUCAGGGACAGGUACUGUACUGUACACUUCUCAACCCAAUGGAUAUCACAACCUUUUACAUUUACAUUUUAGUCAUUUAAAAGACACUUAUCCAGAGCGACUUAGUAAGUGCAUUCAUCUUAAGAUAGCUAGGUGAGACAACCACAUAUCACUGUCGUAGUACAUUUUCCUCAACAAAGAAGUGAUCAGCAAAGUCAGUGCUAGUAGGAAAAGACAAGUGCAAGGUUUAGAUGUUUUAAAUGGGGGGAUAAGAAUGAGAUGUCUUAUUUAAGAUACUUUUCAAAGAGGUAGGGUUUCAGAUGUUUUCGGAAGAUGGGCAGGGACUCUGCUGUCCUAGCAUCAGGGGGAAGCUCGUUCCACCAUUGGGGUGCAAGGACAGAGAAGAGCUUUGACAACCAGACCUGUGUUCAAAUAGUAUUUGUUUUCAUUCAAAUACUAUGACUGUUUGGUUCAGCCUGCCCUGCCUGGAGUGCCAGAUGAGCAGGAGUUGCACGUUUACUAUAUUCCAUUGAUUCCAUUGCAUCUGACAAGCUCAGUCAAGUUUCUUGUGAUUGGUUGUAUUUGGUUAUUUACAACAGUUGCCCUCCAUUCUAGUUCCCAGGAUAAACAGUGAAAUGUAUCCUAUUGCUCCCAUACUGUAGGUAUAUCACCGCCUGCCCAGUAGUUAUGUUCUUGUGUGCACUCCCUCCGACAGUGCUGCUGACCUCAUCUGUAUCCAGCUCCAUGACAGUGGGUUCCUGCACGCUGCCAGCCUGGCCCGCGUCAACGCCUCCUGUUGACAUGAAGAGGUACUGCACCCACCGCCGCCGCCUCAAUCCUAUUUUCUCUACCAGUUUGUGCCUCUGUCUGUAUCUCCUGUAGGCCAUCCCUGAGGUUAUAAGGCAGUAAUCUCGGGCUGGGAAGGACAUCUGACAUGCUUCCUUCCACAGGAUUGUGGUCAGCACCUGUUCCAGCACUGGCAUGUUCUACCAGAAUGGGCUGCGGUAAGGGACAAGAAGAUAACAAGGCUCCUUUAUGUUAAAGGUCCAAUGCAGCCAUUUUUAUCUCAGUAUCAAAUCAUUUCUGGGUAAAAGUUAAGUACCUUACUGUGAUUGUUUUCAAUUAAAAUGGUCUUAGCAAAGAGCAAUUUCUCAAGCAAGAAUUUUGCUAGGACUGUCGGGGAGUGGUCUGAGUGGGGAGGGAAAACGGAAAACUAGCUGUUAUUGGCAGGUUUGGUCUAUUGGUCUAUUAACUAAACUCCAUCCCAUCAAAACAGGCUGAAAUUUUAGGCCGUCUUUUCAAACGGCUCUUACACUAAAACGGCAUUAUCAUCAUUUUCACAAUUUCACGUAUUAUUCCAACCUCAUAGUGUGGAAAUAUACAUUGAGGGAAAAAAGUAUUUGAUCCCCUGCUGAUUUUGUACGUUUGCCCACUGACAAGGAAAUGAUCAGUCUAUAAUUUUAAUGGUAGGUUUAUUUGAACAGUGCGAGACAGAAUAAAAAUAAAAAUAACAGAAAAACGCAUGUCAAAAAUGUUAUAAAUUGAUUUGCAUUUUAAUGAGGGAAAUAAGUAUUUGACCCCCUCUCAAUCAGAAAGAUUUCUGGCUCCCAGGUGUCUUUUAUACAGGUAAUGAGCUGAGAUUAGGAGCACACUCUUAAAGGGAGUGCUCCUAAUCUCAGCUUGUUACCUGUAUAAAAGACACCUGUCCACAGAAGCAAUCAAUCAAUCAGAUUCUAAACUCUCCACCAUGGCCAAGACCAAAGAGCUCUCCAAGGAUGUCAGGGACAAGAUUGUAGACCUACACAAGGCUGGAAUGGGCUACAAGACCAUCGCGAAGCACCUUGGUGAGAAGGUGACAACAGUUGGUGCGAUUAUUCGCAAAUGGAAGAAACACAAAAGCACUGUCAAUCUCCCUCGGCCUGGGGCUCCAUGCAAGAUCUCACCUCGUGGAGUUGCAAUGAUCAUGAGAACGGUGAGGAAUCAGCCCAGAACUACACGGGAGGAUCUUGUCAAUGAUCUAAAGGCAGCUGGGACCAUAGUCACCAAGAAAACAAUUGGUAACACACUACGCCGUGAAGGAAUGAAAUCCUGCAGCGCCCGCAAGGUCCCCCUGCUCAAGAAAGCACAUAUACAUGCCCGUCUGAAGUUUGCCAAUGAACAUCUGAAUGAUUCAGAGGAGAACUGGGUGAAACUGUUGUGGUCAGAUGAGACCAAAAUGGAGCUCUUUGGCAUCAACUCAACUCGCCGUGUUUGGAGGAGGAGGAAUGCUGCCUAUGUCCCCAAGAACACCAUCCCCACCGUCAAACAUGGAGGUGGAAACAUUAUGCUUUGGGGGUGUUUUUCUGAUAAGGAUGACAGGACAACUUCACCGCAUCAAAGGGACGAUGGACGGGGCCAUGUACCAUCAAAUCUUGGGUGAGAACCUCCUUCCCUCAGCCAGGACAUUGAAAAUGGGCCGUGGAUGGGUAUUCCAGCAUGACAAUGACCCAAAACACACGGCCAAGGCAACAAAGGAGUGGCUCAAGAAGAAGCACAUUAAGGUCCUGGAGUGGCCUAGCCAGUCUCCAGACCUUAAUCCCAUAGAAAAUCUGUGGAGGGAGCUGAAGGUUCGAGUUGCCAAACGUCAGCCUCGAAACCUUAAUGACUUGGAGAGGAUCUGCAAAGAGGAGUGGGACAAAAUCCCUCCUGAGAUGUGUGCAAACCUGGUGGCCAACUACAAGAAAUGUCUGACCUCUGUGAUUGCCAACAAGGGUUUUGCCACCAAGUACUAAGUCAUGUUUUGCAGAGGGGUCAAAUACUUAUUUCCCUCAUUAAAAUGCAAAUCAAUUUAUAACAUUUUUGACAUGCGUUUUUCUGGAUUUUUUUGUUGUUAUUCUGUCUCACUGUUCAAAUAAACCUACCAUUAAAAUUAUAGACAUCAUUUCUUUGUCAGUGGGCAAACGUACAAAAUAAGCAGGGGAUCAAAUACCUUUUUCCCUCACUGUAUAUAAAACACAGGAAAAUCACAUUUUUGACUGCACUGGGCCAUUGGUAACCUCCCUCAUUUUUUAAUGGAACAAAUAGUCUGGGUAGCCAUUUGACUAGAUGCUUGUAAAUGUUCAGGAGUCUUAUGGCUUGAGGGUAGAAGCUGUUUAGAAGCCUCUUGGACCUAGACUUGGCACUCCGGUACCACUUGCCGUGCGGUAGCAGAGAGAACAGUCUAUGACUAGGGUGGCUGGAGUUUUUGACCAUUUUUAAGGCCUCCCUCUGACACCGCCUGGUAUAGAGGUCCUGGAUGGCAGGAAGCUUGGCCCCAGUGAUGUACUGGACCGUACGCACUACCCUCUGUAGUGCCUUGUGGUCGGAGGCCGAGCAGUUGCCAUACCAGGCAGUGAUGCAACCAGUCAGGAUGCUCUCGAUGGUGCAGCUGUAGAAUCUUUUGAGGAUCUGAGGACCCAUGCCAAAUCUUUUCAGUCUCCUUAGGGGAAUAUGUUUGGUAUGGGUUCUCACAAUACAAUGUGUAGUAAACUAAUGAACGUUGUUGUUUUCUGGAUGAGGCUGGCCAAGUCACGGAGCCAGAGGCAUUGAUCCCCUAGGGCUUCUGUCAGAGAGAGACAGACAGGUUAGACUAAACAGAGUACACUACAACCACAAUAAAACCUGGAACGCCCUUACUAAGGUGGCGCAACCGUUGGAAAAACAUUGCACAUCACAUAACUGACAGAAAUCAUAAAUGACACUGUAUUUUCUGUUGCUACCCCCACCUUUCACAUAGUUCUGGCUGGAGACCUCCGGCAGCUGGGUCCAAUUGUGAAGUCCACACUGGCGCAGGCGUUCGGCCUUGGGGUGUCCCUGCUGAAGAGACUGAUGGCCAACUCCCUGUACACCAAAGAGAACGGGGAUACAACCCAAUGGUGGUGAGUACUCACAUACACACACACACUCUCCCUGUCAGUGCCAUGAUCAUCAAAAUCAUGCAUAGUGAGUCCACCAACUGAAUAUAGAUGAUGCAUCUUUUUCUACAUAAUGUUUUGCCUUGCAUUGUAAUAUAAUAAUAUGUGCCAUUUAACAGACGCCUUUAUCCAAAGCGACUUACAGUACCUAUGGGUGGCCCCAGCGGAAAUCGAGCCCACGACCCUAGGCGUUGCAAGCGCCAUGCUCUACCGACUGAGCCACACAGGAUCGCAUUGUAAAUAGAUGUCUCCACAGGUUAUUGCAUUUUCAUGGUGUCCUCUCUUCUUCCUCCAGGUGACCAAGCUGGUGUAUAACUACCGUUCCCAUGAGGCCCUCCUGGCCCUGCCCUCUAGACUGUUCUACAGUGGGGCAGCAGUGUGUCUGGGCCCAGAGGGCCGUAGUGGACUCCCUCUGUCACUGGAGCCGUCUGCCCACCAAGGGAUUCCCCCUCAUCUUCAAUGGAGUCAGGGUGAGGGCUCUAUUUGUUUCUCUCGCUCUCUCGUUGUCUUUCUCUGUCCAAAAUAGAAACAAAACAAUGGGAUCUUUCUCAAUAGUCUUUCCUUGAAUCCUUGUGUCUUCGUCCUGUCCUCUGUUCUCCCAUUUCUCAACAUCAGCGUUUUCUCUCCUCCCUUCCCACUGACAUGUUGAGAACAUUUGGACAAAUGCAGGUUUUCCUAUCUGGUCGGCACCGAGCUUGGACGUCGAACACCAAUAAUGCCAGUCAUCUUUCCUUCUCUCAGGGCAUAGAGAUGAGGGAGGGCAACAACUCGUCGUGGUUCAAACCUGGAGAGGUGGUACCGGUGAUGCUGUACUGCUGCCAGCUGGACAAGAAGCUCUACAAUCCUGUAGCUGCCAAUGACAUUAGCAUCAUCACUCCCUACAGGAAACAAGUCAGUAUGGCGUGCACAUUUAGACCGUCAACAGAGGGUACCAUUAUGUUACAGUUUGCUUGUUACUCGCCUAGGAUUGCUGUAAAAAGCUUUAAAAACCCAUAACAAGUUCAUUAUUCUGUCACAACUAGUACAGUGGUCCCUCUCCCUUAACCCUGAACACCGGUCUGAACACCUGAACCUCUCCCCUCUCCUCUCCUCCUCAGUCAGAGAAGAUACAUGUGCUGCUUCACAGGGUGGGCCUGUCUAACAUCAAGCUGGGCUCUGUGGAGGAGUUCCAGGGACAGGAGUUCCUGGUCAUCAUCUUGUCCACG